AUGGAUUUACCACCUGGCUAUCCAUCUACAGUCCCGCACUCUAGUCAGGAGAAACCGGCUUGCCAACUCACCAAGGCAUUAUACGGCCUCAAGCAAGCCUCUCGACAAUGGAACACAACAUUCUCAGAGAUCCUUUUUCGAUACGGCUUCCAGAAGAGCUCUGCUGACCAUUCCCUUUUCACAUAUACUAACGGUGAUCUAUUCAUUGCUCUUUUAGUAUACGUCGACGACAUUAUGCUCGGCAGUACUUCUGAAACAACGCUAGAACACCUAGUUGGAUAUCUUAAAGGAGAAUUCAAGCUCAAAGACCUAGGUGUCCCUCACUACUUCCUUGGUCUAGAGAUAGCCCGAUCAAAGAAAGGGAUUAUCCUAUGCCAACGGAAGUAUACAUUAGACCUUCUUCAUGAGUAUGGUUUGCUGGGUGCAAAACCGUUUCAGACACCACUCCAGAGCAAUGAUCAUCUUCAUCAUUCAGAUUCAGAGAAGAUUGAUCCUACCAUAUAUCGGAAAUUAGUAGGUAAGCUCAUCUAUUUAACAUUUACCCGUCCUGAUUUGUGUUAUACCGUGCAGGUUCUGUCUCAGUACAUGAGUCAACCUACCAUCGAGCAUUUUAAAGCAGCACUCCGAGUAUUACGGUACUUAAAGGGAUCCCCUGGGUGUGGCGUUUUCUACUCUAGCACCUCACCUCGCACGUUAAAGGUCUAUAGUGACAGUGACUGGGCAAAGUGUCAAGAUACUCGACGUUCUGUUUCGGGAUACUGUGUGUUUCUGGGCAAUAGUAUUAUUAGCUGGAAAGCAAAGAAGCAAAAUUCUGUGGCCAGGAGCUCAACUGAGGCUGAAUAUCGAGCCAUGUUCACAGCGACAUGCGAAGUUCUUUGGAUUCUCAAUCUACUAUGA